AUGCCCCGCUCUCUGUGCCCAAUUGUGGGUUUCGCAUCUGGGUUCGUCGCGCGUGUCUUUCUCGGUCAUAUCCUCCAUCUCUUCCCUAGCCGCUCGACAGUUCAAGAUCCAUUUACUCACAGCAACGGCUCUGAUACGCUGUUCAAAAGCGCCGCCCUUGUCAGCUCCCUCCAGUUUGAACCGCUUCUUCAACUUGACGAGUCCAUCGCUACUCUGCCCACCAUGUCUUCCACUUCAGAUGCACCCUCUGCCCCUCCGGUGUCCAUCCCACGCCCGCAGGCAAACACUAUCUUGACAUCCUUCACAUCGUUCCUCACCCUGACUGUACACACUAUACUGUACCACAGACGCCUCUAUCCGCAGCAGACCUUUCUUAUGACAAAAGCCCACAACCUUCCAGUUCCCCAGUCCCGCCAUCCAGUUCUCUGCGAUUGGAUCAACUCAGCCGUCGCUGCGAUUCAAGAUCAGCUUGCUAUCGGCGCAGCCUCCAAAGUCUGCGUCGUCAUUCACGCCCAUGAGACGAUGGCUGUCAUCGAGAGAUGGGUUUUCGAUGUCACCAACUUCCCGGCCUGGGCUACAGGCAAGGGCAAGGAGAAGAUUGGUAUGGGACAGAGGUUCCAGCGAAGGGAGGAAGACGACGAUGAUGGGUCUGUAAACUGGGUUGACGUGAACGAGGCGUAUCGUGGUGCUCUGAGACGUCUCGCGUACGCUGCGGAAAUGAAGGGACCUCUGCCAGAGGGAUGCACGUUCACCAUGGCCGUUGAGCUCAGGGACGAGGCGCCGGCGCCAAUAGGGCACCCGCAACCUUGGAUUCCUUCCGAGCCUUCGCUCCAACCCGCCUCAAGGACAAAUCCAGUACCGGGCGUGGGCAUAGGUGGCGCCUCCACCACGCCGCUGCGCUCCGUCGAGGCCGGCCCUCUCUUCUUCGAAUGCUGGAUCGAGGAAAGCAAGCCGGCGUCCUCGCCUCAUUCUACCCAAGACUCGUACUUCUCUUGAAUCACAUGUGCAGCUUGCGCGCAAUCGUUUCGGCACCAUCACCCUAUGAUCCCCAAGCUCCAAUGUCAAUGUCGUUUGCACGCCCCGCAAAUAAGACGAGGACUGCUCGUCAAGGGCUCUCAACCAUCGCCAACUUGCGGCUUCAGAUGAGAUGAAUCUAGUCUGGGUACUGAUGACUGCUCGAGAUCGCACAACAGAAGAGGAUAUAGAAACAAAAGUGAAUCAUCAAAGAUUGCCAAAGUUCAGCUCUGGCAAAGGCCGGGCUUGAGAGGACUACCUUACCUUACUACGAGCACGGCAACCAGGAUUCGCACCGGCAGAAUCUUGGAAAACGUCCAAGGCCAGUAGUUUGCACAGUAUCGUUGCGUUCACAACGGACCUAUACUACUGGCCCGCCAGAUUUCCUCACGACUGCAUCCGGGUACGAGGAUUGAGGAAGUGGCUAAUUGUCUGGACUUUUUGUUGCAGAUUUGCACUACAGAAAGACAUUCUGUCGUUUCGGUGGUAAUGC